AUGGCGGCUCUCGACGCCGAAGUCAUCAUCGUCGGUGCGGGCAUCGGCGGCCUUGCCCUCGCAGCCGUCUGCAACCAAGUAGGUAUCUCCUACAAAGUUCUGGAGCGGACCGAGACCCUACAGCCCGUAGGCGCCGGCAUCUCGCUCUCGCCCAACGCGCUGCGGGUACUGGACCAGCUCGGCAUCUACGAGAAGCUGCUACCCACGGCCCAGAAGAUGCGCAAGCUCCAGAUCUGGCGCAACAAGACGAAGUGGAACAGCAUCAGCUUCGAGAACCUUGAGCCUACCUACGGCUACCCAAUCCUGUCGACGGAGCGCCACGCCUUCCACAGGCUGCUCUACGCGGCCGCCGGAGCCGAGGACAAGGUGGUGCUCGACUCCAAAGUCGUCGACGUUGUGGAUGCCCCCGGCGAGCCUGUGCGGGUCGUUGUCGAGGGCGGAAAGGAGUACCGCGCUCACAUUGUCGUCGGGGCUGAUGGCAUCCGGUCCGCUGUGCGUCGUGCCCUGUUGCGCAAAAACGGUCUGAAGCAGGAGAAUACGAUCCAAUUCAGCGGUCGGGUGCACUUUUCGGGAUACACCAGACCUCUCAAGAACUGCGGGCCCGAGCAGAUCGGGGUCGGCAACUGGAUGCUCUACGACCAGGCCAUCCUGACCACCUGGCCGUGCCGGGACAAUAGACAGUGGUACAUUGGGGUCAAGAAAGCAGAGGGCGAUGUCGACAAGAACCGAUCCGUCUGGGGCUCCAUCACGCCCGAAGACAUUAAGAAAGUCUACGGGCGAGCAUUCCAUCCAUUUGCGGAAGGAGGACAAUUUGGCAAUAUUGUCAACGAAUCGGAGCGUGUCAUAGCCAGCAACGUGUUCCAGGAAGUGGAUUUCCCAUCCAUGUUUGAUGGAAGAGUGGCUCUUCUCGGCGACGCCGCCCACAGCAUGACGAGCUUUUUCGGACAGGGUGGCUGCCAGGCCAUUGAGGACGCGGCCGUGCUGGGCAACCUGCUUGCUGAGAAUCGGGCGUCGCUCGACGCCUCCCACGAGAUGCUCGAGCUCUACGCCAAGACGAGGGAGCCGCGGACGCGGGACCUGGCACGGUUCAGUGACAACUUUGCCAUGCUGCAUAUGGCCCGGCUGCCCUAUGGUCUGGGCCCCUUUGUGCGGUGGCUGCUCUACACGUUGGUGCCGACCUGGUUCUGGAUCUGGUACCUGGGCUGGCUCUACCGAUACCAGCCCGUCGUGUUGGCGCUGGAAAAGCCUGGCACUUUUGGCAAGAAGAAUGCCUAG